AUGAAUAGGAUCAAUCACUAUUUCGAAGAGAUUUGGUUGCUGGCAACCCAUAAUCCGUAUGAUUUUUCACAAUAUGUGGCAGGAGUUGUCGUACCGCUUGUAAUUGUCGCAAUGAUGUUCAAUUGGAGGGUCCGACAGUCGUUCAAAAAACAAAAACGGAUUCGAAAUGCUAAGCGAAAAUUGUUGAAGAAGCUUCAAAACGGUCGAAAAGCCGUCGAUGAGAAGGGAAAUGACGAAGAAGAAGAAGAAGAAGAAGAGGACGAAGUGAAAAUGCUGUCAGCGACGAGCAAGGAUUCUCGUUCGAACAUCGGAAUAAUCGACAAAUAUCACCUUCGUCCGUUUUUUCUCCACGUUGGUCUCGUGAUAACAUGUGUCUCAUAUUCCAUAUUUGGCGCUUAUCUUUUUCUAACUAUUGAGAAGCCGAUCGAACAAGAAAAACGGAAUUUGGCUUAUAAGGAAAUUGAUAUGCUCCAGCAGAAUUUCUUUGGGAAUCUCACUGACGGCGUUCGGUCGGAUUAUGUGCUUGAAGAUUAUACAAAACGUUUGCUGAAGAUGUUCGAGGACGUCCAUUAUGCGAAAACCUAUGAAGCUCAUUUUUCCGAGUCAAGGAAAGAUCGACAAAUUUGGACGUUUGAGAGCGCGUUGGUUUUCACAACAACAACUGUCAUUCCAGUUGGCUACGGCUACAUUGUUCCGUGCUCAUCGUAUGGGAGAACUCUUCUCAUUAUUUAUGCCUUAUUAGGGAUUCCAUUGACUUUGGUGACGAUGGCUGAUACUGGAAAGAUCGCAUCGCAAAUGGUUUCAAGAUACUUUGGCGAUAAUUUAGCAAUUCCCGCAGCGUUGUUCGUGGUUCUUCUAUUCGCUUAUCCGAUGUUAUUCGCAUUGUGGCUUCAUAUGACUUCUAAUAUCACAUUCCUCGAUGGUUUCUACUUCACACUCACCUCGAUAUUCACUAUUGGAUUCGGUGACGUCACGCCCGAAAUCAAUGUGAUCCAUUUGAUAUUUUUCGUGGUGAUCGGCGUGAUUCUCGUCACAAUAACAGUUGACUUCGUCGCCGUCGAACUCAUCGAUCAUGUGCAUUAUAUGGGAAGACAUGUGGGAAAAGCGAAACAAUUGGCUGGAAAGAUGUUCCAAUUGGCACAAUCGCUGAAUAUGAAGCACGGAUUGGCGACUGGUGUUGGCCAAUUGCACGCAUUGGCUCGGUUCGGAUUGAUUACCGGAAAAGGCAAUGUCGAGAUGAAUCCCGAGCCUGUCGCAUUUGCUCCAGAUCUCAUCGACGGUAUUGACUUUGUCGAUAAUUCAUCCAUCUACAGCACCCGUAGAAGGUCAUAUUCUCCAGGAGCCUCAGCAAGGCAUCUAUUUCUUUCUUAG